ACUACCCGCACUUCUUCUCAGUGACCAUGACUGAGAAGACCCAAGAACCUCAUGUGGAGGAUGAUGAUGAUGAGCUGGAUGGGAAACUCAACUACAAACCUCCUCCCCAGAAGACACUGCAGGAGCUGCAAGAGUUGGACAAGGAUGAUGAAAGCCUUGCUAAAUACAAGAAGUCCCUGCUGGGAGAUGGACCUGUGGUAGUAGACCCAACAGCUCCCAAUGUGGUGGUCACCCGCCUCACCCUGGUAUGUGACUCUGCUCCAGGACCAAUCACCAUGGACCUUACAGGUGAUCUUGAAACACUCAAGAAAGAGACCUUCGUAUUAAAGGAAGGAGUGGAAUAUAGAGUUAAGAUCCACUUUAGAGUAAACAGGGACAUUGUGUCGGGACUGAAAUACGUGCAGCACACCUACCGGACAGGAGUGAAGGUGGACAAAGCCACAUUCAUGGUUGGCAGCUAUGGGCCGCGGCCAGAGGAGUAUGAGUUCCUGACACCUACUGAGGAGGCUCCUAAGGGUAUGCUGGCUCGAGGCACCUAUCACAACAAGUCCUUCUUCACGGAUGAUGACAAGCAUGACCAUCUCACCUGGGAGUGGAACCUGUCCAUCAAGAAGGAAUGGACAGAAUGAGUUCACUCAGUAUGCCUUCCCCCUUCCCAUUCCCUUGCCUCCUGCACCAGUCUCCAGGUGGGCCAUGCCCACCACGCUGCUCCUUCCUGCCACUGCGGCCAGCCACAACCCUGGCAGCCCUUCCCAUGGGUGCUGGGGCUCUGUGCCAGCCUUUGUCGAUGCACAGGUCUGUAGGCGGCCUUUGCUGCUGCUUCUGAUACACUGAAAAUAACCUGCCCUUUCUCACCACCACCCCAUCAUUACACCUAAUGGGUUAAAUUGGGAAGUAUCUCCUUCCCUUUCUCCCAGUACUUCCUCCUGCUGCCUCCAUCUCUCCUGUACCAACUCUGGUCCCGGAAGUGCCUUUUCUAGGAAACGAGAUCACCUGGCAGGGUGGACUGGUCCCUGGAAAAUCCCUGAGUUAUACUUGCCAUAUGUUCUGACUCACCGUAAAUGGUUUCUUACCUUCCAUGAUGGUCUCCUGGUCUGUAUCUGGUGCCCCACCCCAUUAAAAUCCAUCCUUGUGCAGGCAAAACCAGUUGGGGGAAUGCAGCUAGAUGCUGUAACAAGACUUCAGUGUCCCCAGAAUAAAACCAGUUUCUUUCUUC